UGAGAGGGGAGGGGGGGUGCGGAGAGAAGGGGAAGUGGAUGUUUCAGAAAGCACCUUAAAUUUACCUAAGCAUAUACAGUAGGAGACGUUUCAUUGAAGUUUGACACAUUUUAUCAUUUCUUGCCUGUCCUGUUGAGUUGAAAUUGGGGUGAGGGUGGGGGAGAGGAAUCCUGAAAUAAAGAAAUGGUCACACAAGUGUCUGGGACCAAGCAGCUGGCCUGUCUGUAUUCAUGCUGAGACUUACACGCGAUUGAAUAUAAAUACAUGUUUAAUAAAGUAAGUUGUUAGCUUUAUGAGCAUGGGUGUGUGAGGGAGAGACAGGGCAUUUGUGCUAUAAACUUUAUCUUUGCCUGUUAUUCCUAACUCUGGAGUUAGCAAUCAUGCCCUCCUCAUUACAGGAGGAGCAUGUAAAAUAUAUGAGAAGGUGGAAGAUAAACACAUUCAUGUUCGCAGGGCUCACCACUCUUCCUGGGAACUCCUGCUAUCUCUCCCUCGACUUUCCAGUGCCAAAGUGUAGAAUGGGAUAUAUGUGUGUAUGUGUGUCUCCUAUUAAAUCUAUGGCUAUGAGACUUUGCCAUUUAAAAUACAAUUUCAAAAGUUAGGCUUAUUUAAAACCCAGAUAUCCUGAAGUACUUUUCUUCCCAGCUGUAGUGAGCCCCCCCCCUUCCACUUUGGUAAAGGACUCAAGUUCCAUGAGGACUUUCACUUCUUUAUUUAUUAUCACAGAAGUGAGGUGUUACUUCACACACAUACACACACACAGAAUGAAAUAAAGAAAUGAAACUCGCUAAGCAGACAAAAACAGGCAACUUUCUGCUUAGAAAACAGCCUUCCCCGGUGGGAGAGGCAGCACUGCCAUGUCUAACAGCAAGACUGGCCCCCGAAAUUUGGUAGGUUUGCAUCGAUCAAGUUUUGUAAUUAUUAACAGGUAUUUGCCAAGUUUUAAUUACUGACUAUAAUGAUUUGGAAGUAGAUGCAAAAAUACAGCAGAAGCUUUCCCUUGGACGAGUUUUUAUUUCAGCCAUACAGUUCCCCAAAAAAACUUUUCCUAGGCAGGGUAGCAAAAGGCACCUUUGGUUACCUGAAUGGACAGGUACAGGGCAAAUUAUUUUGGGCGGGGGACAAAAAGGAGAGAAAAGGAAGGAGACUGAGCGAGAGUGUGAGAGAAAAAGCGAGGAAGCCACUCUUGGGAAAAGCACGCCAUAAAAGACUUCACCCACCUGAAAUUCCUACCCACAGACACCCCUCUCACUUCACACUCACAUCCCCACUCAAAAUGAGAGCAUUAGAAAGGAGGAUGGGUGACGAGCACACCAAAAAAAGGAUAAAAAGAGGGGAAAAAAGGAGGGGAAAAAAACCUACCUGCGAAGUCUUGUUUGUAGUUUUGGCCAGAAAUGGUGAGAAGAAAAAGCAUGAAGAAGCCGCGAAGUGUGGGGGAGAAAAAGGUGGAAGCGAAGAAACAGCUCCCGGAGUAAACUGCACAAAACCUCGCCAAGAGUGUCGGGAGGCAGGACCGUUAUUCCUGCGGAGCAGGAGAGAGAGGAGAGACCCUGAAACACGCGCCACCUAUCUUUGUGGGGAGGGAUAAUUGAAGCGCCCUGAGCGUGAGCAUCAUGUGAAAACGUGAUCGCCAAGUUUCUCUCUGGGAAAGGAUCUGGGAUAGAUUAUACCUUGAAGUCUCCGCAAACGCUUUAGUGGAAGAAAUGAAAUUCCACCUCCCUCCCUUCCUCUCUCCCUCCCUCUCGCCUCCCUCCCUCCCUCCCUCCCUUCUCCACGCCCCCCCCCCCCCCCAGCCUUUGGCAUCAUUAUCCUCAUCACUAAAUCCUACAGAGUACAGGGCGGAAAACGGUGCACACCAUUCACAGAACUGGAGAACUCCGAGGGGCGAAAGUUAAAGGGAAAGAUCCCGGGUCCUCAAUCUAUAUUGCCUCUUCUUGUGCAGAUAGCUUAAGUGACCAGAUUUGAGAUGCACAUCUAAUAGCAUGAGUAUCUUAGCACGGCUUUAUCCUUUCUCUUAAAUUAAAAAAAAAAAAAAAAAAAAAAAAA